AUGUCAAGUAAGAAAAAUGCUACAAACUUUACUCAGGAAUCUCUCCUAGCUAGAGAAGAAAAAGUCCUACAAGAUGCUGAAAUUGUAAUUACUACUCAGAGAACAAGAAUUGGGGAGCUACGUUCAGAGCUGGAACGUUUAAAUGCGGAAAAAUUAUAUUGGUCAAAUACCCAUAUGAAGGAAAUGAGUGAUGUUAUACAAGAAAAUACAAAACUACGUUUACAGUUAGACGAGAUGCAGGCUGAUUUGAAUGCAUUAAGACACACACAAGAUAGUACGGAUAACUUGAUAACAAAUUUGACUGAAGCUUUGGGAGUAGCAGAAUCUCAAUUACUAGCACAGGAAAAUGAAUUAAAAAGUUUAAGAGGAAUGGCUGGUAAUCUACCCAUUGAAAACAAUCAUUUGAAACAAGAAAACCAGCGUUUACUGGCUGAAAAUGAAAAAUUAAAGCGUCAACAGGAGGAAAACAAUAGGAAAUCAGGUGAACCCAGAACUUCAAAAGGAUCUGAUAGCGCUGCAAUACAAGCAGUAAAUGCAGAUUUGAACAAACAUACAAAAUUGGCGAGAGAUUUAGAUUUCCGAACAGAAGAAUUGAGAGUUAACAAAAUGUGUUUGCUUCAGUUGGAGAGUGAUUUACUGGAGCAUCAGUUAUUAGUGGAACAACAGAGAGUAGAAAUACAGAGAUUAAAUACGGCAGUAGAAGCUUUGAAUAGAGAAAAGUCCCUAGUUCCUCCUGUGGUUAUAACUAGUAGGCAACUUGAUUUAUUUUCUCAAGGAAUGGAUGCAAAUCCAUUAAAAAAUAUGUCACCAAAACAAUUUGCUGAACAAGUAGUAUCCGAAAUUACUAAAUCUUUACCAAAGAUGCAAAGAAUGGGUGUAAUGAUUGGUGGUGAUGAAGAUAAAUAUAAUGAUGAAAAUAAUGAAUUGAGUUAUUCUAGUACACCCGAUGAUAUAGAUAUUAUUCAAUACAAAACUAUGGAAGAGCAGAGAAUGUUAAUUUCUCGUUUACUUAAAGGUUUGGAUCAGUUAGGCUUUACUAGAAGUGAUGCAACUUGUUACAAAGAGAAAGCAUCUGAUUAUAGAUGGUUUUAUUCUUCCGUUGUAAGCCACAGUGUUAAUUACAAUACAAGAUCAACUUCAGGUUCUGAUGAGAAAAAUGAUAAUAUAUCUCCUCCUGGAUUCUUUAAUUUAUUUGUUCGCGUUGAAUCAGGAAAUAUUGCAAUAUUUCAAAAUAUGGAGGAAGAGGUUCCAUUAUUUUCCAUUAAACCAUGGAAAUGUAAUGUUGAAAUAUAUGAAAAGAGUAAACAGUUUGUCUUAACAAGGACUUCAACUACUUCUGAUCAGAUUGAGAAUCAUAUAUUGCAUUGUCAGACUGAGGAUGAAUUUAAUCGUUGGUACUAUGCUUUAUGCUAUGGAGGUUUUAUUGAGUCUGGAAAAACCGAAAAUUCUCAAUUUUACCAAGGUGAGGAUUUAAACAAGAUCAAUAUUAGAUAUCCGAAUAAUAAAUUAAAUAGAAAUCCAAAUGUUAAUCGUAAUAUUAAUGUUAAUAUCAAUAAUGAUAAUAAUCUUAAUAAUAAUAAUACUAAUAAUAAUAAUAAUAAUACCAAAGAUCAUGUGGUUAUAUCAGUUAAGAUUAUGGAUUCAGAAAACAGUAAAAAUUAUCAAACCUCACAAAUGUCUAUAUAUAAUAACUAUUUAUCAUUUAGUAAUGGAAGAAAUCCCAUCCAUACUGUUAAUUCAAAGUUAAGUAUUAAUAACAAAAAAACAAUUAUUACAAUAACUGAUUCAAGUGACAAUAGUGGUAAUAAUAAUACAAUAUUUAUCACACCUGAAGAUCUCAGAGACUAUGAAGAUUUGAAAAAAUCACUCAUUUCUUGUACUUGGAUGGAAGUUGAUAAAAACCUUGGAUUACUUGCUUCUAAAUUAAAUACUAAAGGAAACGAUUCUAAUGUUAAACAAUCUGGAAUAUCUGAUAAAAAGUUAGUACCAAAAUCUACAAAUUUCUCAAAUAAUAAAUCUGAAGAAAAUAAUAAUGAUAAUAAUUCUUCAAAAAAUCCAAAUAUGAGACAUGGGGUUAUAUUAAUCAAGGAUUCUCAAGUUAAUCUAUACCAUGAUGAAAUCGAUACAAUACCAUUUACAAAAAUUGAUGUAAAAGAAUGUACUAUAGAAUGUGAUCGAAGGAAAAUGAGUAUAUUAUUAAUCAAAUCAAGAAAUAAUCAAUUUGAAAGUUUUUAUUAUAUGUUCUCAUCUCUUGAAGAGUUUAAUAGAUCAUGGUCAAGAUUAAGAGAAGGAGGAAUACAAGAAAUUAAGCCAGAAGAUAAACCUGUUUUGAAUCAAAUGUGCGUUGUUUGUAAAAAUAAAAUGCAUUUCUAUAAAAACAAUGAGAAAAAUACAAAUCAUUCAUUUUUAACUAUAUCUCCAGAUGAUACAAAUUGUCAUGUAAAUUCAGAUAGAAAUGAGAUUAUAUUAUUGCAUUCACAAAAUGAUGGAACACGUAAAAAGAUUGUAUUAGAUUGUGCAAAUAUGGAUGAGUUUACAAGAUGGAAUAUAGCAUUACAAUUUUGUGGAUUUAUAAAUGGUGUAACAAAGUCUUGUAUGAGUAAAUAUACUUUUGAUAUAUCAUUAUUUGGUAUAGUUAAGAGUAAUGGAACUGAACAAUUAAAAAAUAUUGAUACAAAAGAAUCUAAGCCAAUAUAUAAAGACUUUUAUAAUAUAACAGAUUAUCAAUCAAUUGAGAUAUUUAAGAAUCAAGAAUCAAGAUUAAAAAAUACACCAUUAUUUAUAAUACCAUUUAAAGAUACUGAAUAUUCUGGUGAUGCAAAGAAACGUCAAAUAGUAUUUUUAACAAGAAGAGGAAAAGCAGGUGAAGUUAGAAUUAUUAUUAAUUUACAAACAUUAUCAAACUUUGAUAUAAUGAAUAAGGAUUUGGUGAAUGUAGAUUUCCCAUUAUUAGAGACUAAUAUUGCAACAUCAUUAAAAGCUGAAUACAUUAUUGGAGCAAAAGAAGGUUUAUUAUGUGUAUAUUCUACAUCAAAGAAUAGAGAGAAAUUGGCUAGUAUAAGGCAUGCUAUGAAUGAGAAUAGGUAUUUCAAUAAGGGAAGUAACAAUAAUAAUAAUAAUAAUAAUAAUAAUAAUAAUAGUAAUAAUAAUAAUAAUAAUAAUAACAAUAAUAAUAAUAAUAAUAAUGGUGUUCAUGAUAACAUGGAUUCAGUAACCAGAAAAUUCCCAGAAUGUGGAUAUAUUAAGUAUACAACAAAUGAUUAUAUUUGUGUGGCAAGUAGAGCAGGAAGAUCUGUUGUAUUAAGAAGAAAAGAAGAUGAUUAUGAUGCAUUAUCAGUAAGAUGUAAAUCAUUAACAGAAUAUGAAAAGUGGGAAAGAUCAAUGUCAAUAGCAGGAUUUAUUAAUACUGAUAAAAUAAAUAAUGCAUUUUUACCACCAAUAAUAUAUUUAUUCCAUUCAUUGGAUUAUGAUUAUAGAAAGCAACCAAUAUUACCAAAUUUGGAUUCAUCAAUAGUAAUAUCACCAUCAGAAGAUCAUUCAUUGUUAUCUCCCGAUGAGAUUUCAUUAUUAAAUGAAAGAGAGAAUCAAGAAAUUGGUAAAAGAAGAAGAGGUGGAUUAGGAGAGACUGGAGAUAAUUAUAGAAAUAAUAACUUGGAUGUUCCAAAUGUUGAUACAAAGAAGAAUCUUAAUCAUCAAAAAUUAUUAGAUACUACAGGAAUACAUAAACAAAGCCCACCCACAAGGAUAAUAAUAUCGUCAUCAAAAGUAAAGAGAAGAGAAGGAGAAGGAGGGGAAGAAGAAGAAGAUGAAGAUGAAUAUGAAGAAGAAGAAAAAAAAAUGAAAGGAAUUCAAUUUAACUUAAAGGAUUUAAAUGAAGGUUAUGAUAUAGAUCAAUGGAGUAAUGUAUCUGAAAUAUUUACAAGGGAAAAAAUAAUUAAUAAAAAGGUGGAGGAAUAUUAUAAAGAUGAGCAGGACUAUAAUAAUUACUAUUAUAACGACGAGAAUAGGCAAAAUAAAGAAAUUGAUUUCUUUAACACAUUUUUAAUGGAUAUGGAUAUUAAUGAGAAUAAGGAGGAAGAAUCUGAGAUUUUGGUAAAUAUUGGAUCAUUAAGGGUUAAUAAUGAAAGAUUUAAGGAAAUUGAUGAUUAUAAUGAUGAGAAUGGGGACUAUGAAGAAGAAAAAGAUGAAGAAAAUUCAAAUAAAUCAAAAAGAGGAAUAAAUUCCAGCAAUAAGAUUUCAUCAGUAAAUAAUAAGAUACCAAUGGAAUUAGAGAAUCAAGAAUAUAAAGUAUACAGUAUUAAUAAGAGUUUGAUGAACGAUGAAUUUAAUGGGAAAUUUAAAGAAGAUGAAGACGAUGAUGAGGAUGAAGAGAAUUUAGAUAGAAAGAUUCAUCUUAAUUCACUAGGGUGGAAAGUAAGUGGUAAUGAUUAUGAAGAGGAAGAUGAAUAUGAAAAUGAGGACGAAAGUGAAGAAGAGGAAGAGGAUGAAAGGGAAGAUGAAGAGGAGGAUGGUGAGUAUGCACUGGAGGAUGGAGAUGAGGACGAGUACGAAAACGAGGACGAGGACGAGGACGAGUAUGAGGAUGAGUAUGGUGAAUAUGAAAACAAAGAUGAAGAUGAAGAUGAAUAUGAGGACGAAAACGAAGAUGAAGAGGAUAGUCAAUACCAAAACGAGAAUUAUAUGAAUACUAAUUUUAAGGAAAAAAAAAAGGGAGAACAAAAGACUAAAGGAAAAGAAAUUAAAAAAAAAGAACCAUUAUCAUCAUCAGGAUUUCAUCAUAGUAGAUCGAAAUCGCAAAUAAGCAUAAAUCCGGAGUCUCCAAUGUCCCCAUCGCCAUCUUUAUCAUUUUCACUAAGUUCUUCUAUUUAUCGUAAUAAUAAUAAAAGUUUUAACUCUGCUUCUUCAUCCACUUCAAAAGAAAUCAAUUCUAUUACUCAAUCAAGGUGGAAAAGAGGUAAAAGUGGGAUUAAAUCCAUUUUUGGAAAAAUGAGGCUUAAAAGAGGAUAA